UUAAGCUUCUUUCUUUUUCAAAUAAGAGGUUUAGGCUUCCAAGACUGGAGGCUUUAAGGGAUCGUUAAAUAACAUUUUUCUGUAAGAGUUUUGUCUUCAGGCCAUCCAUAGAUUUUGCUUUAGAUCACUUUUAUCCAAUUUCACAUAAAGUCAUGGAGUAUACGCUUGUUCGUGAUAUGAAGCCUGGUCUUAAAAAUAUUAAUCUUCAAUUUGUCGUUUUAGAUGUUGGUCAAGGAAGCAUAACCAAAGAUGGACAUAAAGUUCGAACAUGUAAGAUAGCUGACAAAACAGGAUCCAUUAAUCUCUCUGUCUGGGAUGAACCUGGCAAUUAUCUUAAUCCUGGAGAUAUUUGUAAAUUGAGCAAAGGAUAUGCUUCCGUGUGGAAAGGAUGCUUAACUCUCUAUACGGGAAAAGGUGGAGAAAUUCAGAAAAUAGGUGAAUUUUGUAUGAGCUUCUCAGAAAUACCAAACUUAAGUGAUCCUAACCCUGAGUAUGCACCGCAGAUGGCCAAAAGAAGUUGACUUGUAAUUGAUCGCUCAAUCGAUAUUUAUGUACUUAAACAAUUUUAUUGUCUUGUUACAAUUAAAAUUUAAACUCAUCUAAAUUGAA